AUGGCCCAGCGCAGCCGACAGUCCCCCCCUGCGGGCUCUUCUCGCAAGCGCCAGCACCGGGACGAGACAGACGACGAGAGGGACGGUGAGGAGGAGUCCGACAAACCGUCCAAGACUACGAAGACAGACAAGAAGGAGAAGGAAAAGAAAGGCCUUCGGAGUUCCCUGCACGCGGGAGAGAAGAAGAAGUGGAGGAAACGACGAGAGCCCCUAGAUGUCAACCUCAUCGUUGCCCAAGAAGAAAUUGACAAGCCGGACGCUCCUUGCUGGGCGACGCUGCAUGCGGGGCCGUCUGCUCUUCUGCCCCGGCGUCUCUGCUGCUGCUGCGGCUUCGCAGCAAAGUAUCGCUGCUCGCUCUGCGUGAACGGGCGACGCGUGGGGGCUUUCGCGUCGACAGCGCAGGACGCCGCGCGAACUGGCCAGUCUGGGAUGUCUCGCUACCAACUCCAGGCCCGCUACGUUUGCUCCGCGCGCUGUCUUGAUGUCCACCAGGCGCACGACUGUGCACCGAAGCAUCUUCUCCACUGGAUGUGA